GAUAGUAGGAAAUUAUAUUUGAAUUGCUGGAUUAAUGCUUAUAAAAUAAAUGCAUGCUGUGACCAUUUGGAUUUUAGUUAGACUAGAAGGAGUCUCAGUUUCAGGGUUUGGAAACAUCCAGGAAGUGAGCUGCAGUUGAGAUUACAAUGCUGAAUGUAGCAGACAAUCCCAAAUGGUCUCCUAAGCUUCAGAAUUUCUUUGGAGCAUUGUGGUUAGCAUCAGAUCAACUGCUCUACUCCCAGUAGAUCUGAUCUGGACUGUAAUUGUGCACUGGUUCCAGGUCUAUGGGAGUAAUACCACAUAAUACAAUAUGCUUCAGAUGUCAGAUAAUGCAAGUCCUACAUAUUUCUUAUCACUGGAUCAAAAACAUGCAAGUUGUGUCCUCACCUAGAGAAAGCAAGGGGUGGAGCCGAACAAACCUUUAUAGCCAAAUCUCCUCAAACUUAAGGCAAAUAUCAUUUCUGGUCACACAGCAGAAUGAGAGGCCUUGUGUUCUUGUGCCUGAUUGGAUGUUCUCUCGCAAACGGUGCUGUAUACACUUGGAAUGCCCCCGGAGAUCCGACUCAGCCUGAUCCUGGCACUGAAAAUGCUUGUCUCAUUGACACUGAAUCCUGUAGCUGCUGCCUUAUGCAAAAGCAGAUGAAAAGAAUGGAGAGUUUCUUCAACAUGAGUCUGAAUGAUAUGCGCAAGGGUCUGGAGAAAGCUGAAACCGCUUUGAACUAUGUGCGCUCCAGCCGCAGUGCCUUUUCAGUGGCACUGACUGACACUCGUCGGUGUGUUAGUUCCACUCGGGAUGACAUGGUUGUGAAAUACCAGUAUAUAUUCAUUAACUUAGGUGACAGCUACAAUGUUAGCACAGGCACCUUUACAGUCCCACGCUCAGGGGUCUAUUCACUGGCUCUUACAAUGUACAGUGAUGCUGGUGCCCCCAAUGCUCUCCUGGCUGCCUGUGUUCGUUUGCGUAAAAAUGGUCGCAUGGUUGCAGCACUCAAUGAGUACAACACACAAGACCAGGAGGACAGCGCUACCGUCGUCCUGCCACUACAGAUGGAGACUGGUGACAAGUUGGACGUGACUCUCCUUACUGGAUGCACCCUGUGUGAUGACAACAGCCAUUAUAACACGUUCAGUGGCUUUUUGCUUUAUGCUACCGAUUAAAAGUGGUUCGUUCUCUGAUCUUAUGUCUGUGUUUAGAACAUUGUAUUGAUCCUCAUGAUUUUUCAAAAUCAAGCCCAUGCAUCUGUUAACUCCCAUAUCUAAUUCCUGAUCUGAUAAUCAUUUUGUUUGGUUUUCAUUUUAUAAUUGAGUUUCAGGUUCAACAUGGCUGUCAUGGCAGUUUUCUGUAUACUAUGUAAAAUAGACAUUCAAAAAAGAAAUAUUUUUCUUCAUCUUCUUUUUCUUCUUCUAAUAUUUGACCCUUAAGUAAAAGUCUGUAAAACCUGCAUAACAAAGAACCACAUUUUUAU